AUGUCGGCUACGGCACUAUCCUUGAAAGCUGUUCAACAUCAAGUAUCACUUCAAAAUGAAAAGUCGAGUGAGGAUGAUGUAAAAUCGUGCGAAUAUCAAAUUAUCACAUUUGCCAAGCAAUUAGCCGCUGAAAAAGACGCCGCAGGAAUUCAAAAUCUUUUGAUCGCUAUAAGACCGUUCUACGAUGUUGUCGGAAAGGCGAGAGCUAGUAAAUUGAUUCGAGAACUCGUUGAAUGCUCAUUGUCUAUUGAGCAGGCCAAAGAUGAAAAAAUAGCUCUUCUGAAACACUGCAUUGACUGGGCGACGGAGAAUCAUCGCGAAUUUCUUCGAAGAAACCUCAAGGCUCGUCUAGCUCGCCUUUACAACGAUGUUCGCGAAUACACAGAAGCAUUGAAACUAGCUCAUGAGCUCGGAAUUGAGCUCAAGAAGAUGGAGGAUCGCGAGCUGCUCAUCGAGCUUUCUCUAGAAGAAUCGAAAAGCGCGUUUUAUUUGAAUAAUUUCACCAAGGCCAAGUGCGCAUUGGUGACAGCCAAGACCAACGCAAACGCCGCUUUUGUGACGCCAAGUCUUCAGGCUUCCAUCGACCUCCAAUCCGGAAUUCUGUAUUCCGCCGAUGAAAAAGACUUCAAAACCUCAUUUUCAUAUUUCUAUGAGGCGUUUGAAGGCUACAAUGGCGUCAAUGACAAGGCGAAUGCGAUUCGCGCUGUGAAAUACAUGAUUCUAGCAAAGAUAAUGCUCAAUGAAAGCGAUCAGAUUCCGGCGCUUCUUGCCACCAAAGAGAUGGCGUCGAUGAAGGGACGAGAGAUCGACGCGAUUCGCGCAAUGUCCGACGCGUUUCGCAUCCGCUGCCUGAAAUCGUUUCAAGAGGCGUUGCGAAACUACAAGAGCGAGCUUGUUGAGGACAAAGUCGUCGCGGUGCACUCGCACAAUUUGGAAAAGCGAAUGGUUGAGAAGGAGAUCUCGCGAGUCAUCGAGCCCUAUUCGGAAAUUGGCCUUCCUUACAUUGCCCGCGUCAUCGGCAUGCCUGUGCAUAUUGUGGAGAAGGCGGUGGCGAGAAUGAUUUUGGACAAGAAGCUGUCGGGAUGCAUUGAUCAGCAUGUCGAAACGGUUAUCAUUCAUCCCAAAGCGAGCACGGAUAAACCGUUUAAACGAUCAUUGACGACAAUUCGAGAAGUUUCCAAGGCGGUUGAUGCUUCUUAUGACCGAGCUGCCCGUCAUAUUAAAUAA